AGGAAGGCAUGUUGUGAGUUCUGCAGCAUACUGACUAAUCACAGGUGCCUUCCAUAUGGUUUGUGCUUAAGGAGAAAAUGAAGAACCCUUUGAUCCCACCUUUGACAAAGUCCAUCAGCCUCAUCUUUUAACAAGCUACAAGGAAUCGUUUUUUUUUUAGAUAUAAAUAUACAUGUUCUCCCAAUGCCCCAUUUUUUUGGGAUAGUCGUGGAAAGCAGCCCUGGAGAACAGUUUUUUUAAUUGGGGGGAGGGGAGGAGAAGUGGCACCCCAUUUUUGCAAAAUGUGGGGGGCUGCUGCUUGUUUCUUCCUCACGUCAAGCCUCCCCCCUUUGGUUUCUUCUCUUACCCGCUGGAUUACCUGUGCCCUCUCGAUGGAUGAAAGAAGGUUUCCCUUACACUGACCUGGGUCUCUUUCUCUCUCGCUAUCAUCUUUGGAUCACACAGAAGAAGAAGAACUAAGCGCCCAUCUCCGACACAAAGCCAGGCAAGAUUGGGGGUGAGCAACCCCCACCCUCACAGACCUGCACCCCCUCUAAGCUAACAUGGGAUGUAACAUGUGUGUGGUUCGGAAACCAGAGGAGCAUUAUAAAGUGAUGCUGCAGGUGAAUGGAAAGGAACUUUCGAGACUUUCUCAGGAGCAGACGUUUGAGACUCUACGCACCACUAAAGAUCCGUUGCUGAUCCAAGUGCUUAGGCGGAGCCCUCGUAUGAAGGGGACACUGGCCACCUCUUCCCAUGACCUGCAAUUUGUGGACAGUGGCACACAGACGGACAUCACCUUUGAGCACAUCAUGACAAUGGGCAAAGCACGACCUCCUAGUCCAGCCAUGGUGGUCCUGGAACCUUAUGUACUCUCAGAGCUCCCACCCAUCGGAAAUGAGUUUUACGACCAGGCAGCCUAUAUGGAUGGUGCGCAGCCCGAGGGAGAACGAACUGAUGAACUGGAAUAUGAGGAAGUGGAAUUGUGCAAGUCAAACCAUUUGGACAAGCUCGGACUGACUGUGUGUUAUCGUACUGAUGAUGAAGAGGACCUUGGGAUAUAUGUAGGAGAGGUCAAUCCAAACAGCAUUGCAGCAAGAGAUGGACGGAUAAGAGAAGGAGACCGAAUUCUACAGAUUAACGGUAUUGAUGUGCAAAAUAGAGAAGAGGCAGUGGCCAUUCUAACACAAGAAGAGAACACAAACGUCUCUUUAUUGGUAGCCCGUCCAGAGACAGAGAUGGGCAGACGAUGGAAAGAUAGUGAUAGAGAGGACUUCCUUGAUGACCUAGUAUCGGAAAACGAAGAGGAACUGCAAGCACAGAGACUGAAUUCUCCACCUCAGCAACAGGUUGAGAAUGAGGCAGCUGAGCCCAGUCCCAAAUCUCCACGCCCUUUCCCUCUCCCUGCAGGCCUGAGUCGGAGUCAGGAACUGGACAGUGGAGUAGGGAGGACAGAUGAGAGCACCCGCAAUGAUGAAAGUUCUGAGCAUGACCUCCUGGGAGAUGACCAGACAAGCACUGCGAAUACUCCAGGCAGUCAGCGUCGCCUUCGUUUCCUACGUGGAGACUCCCAGCAUCCUUUGCAGUGCCGUGAAUUUCACCACAGCCUUGACUCUCUGUUGGCAGCAGAUGGCUCCACUCCUUACGGUGAGGCUCAGCCACCAGCUGCAGGGCUGACAGAUGAGGAAUAUGAAAGAUACAGAGAACUUUUGGAAAUCACCUGUCAUCUGGAGAAUGGCAAUGGACCUGCCUUCCUAUACGCAUCUCGUCAGGGUGGCCUUGAUGUAAACCGCAAUGAGAGUGUCCUCCGUGAAAUGGCUGUACUCGAGGAAGAGCUACGACAUUUGGAGUUCAAGUUCCGCAAUGUUCUUCGAGCACAAAAGAUGCAACAGCUGCGGGAACGUUGCAUGAAAGCCUGGCUUCUGGAAGAAGAGGACAGUCUUUAUGAGUUUGUAGGUGGGAGCACUGCCAACAAUGAAGCCUCUACCAAGCUCCCAGAUAUUACCGAGUUGCCAGAAAGAUCAGACAAGGACAGCACUAGUGCAUACAACACUGGAGAAAGCUGCCGGAGCACUCCUUUAAUGAUAGAACCACCAAUAUCCUUGGACAGUCCACUGAGGCGGAUUAAUGAUACAUCUGGUGCAUUAUGCCAGGCAGCAGAGGGCCUCUGUUCCAAUGCUAACAUGAACAGAGGACAUGUCAAAAAUGUUCCACCAUAUCCUGGUAGCCCUGAGCAUGUGUCAUCAAAAUUCCGCUCUCUGUGUCGUGAUGGACGGCACACAACAGAUGAGAGAUUGAGACGAGGAGCCAAGCCAGGAAAUGAGCUAGAUCGUGGUAGUCGAGAGAACAGCCCGUACCUCAGCAGACGCCAGCGCUCCCAAGGAGGGGAACGUUACCGAAGCUGCCUGCAAUUAGCACAACAACGCAGCUUAGAUGAGCUAGACGGAGAUCCCACGUGUGUGAAGGGCAUAGGGGUCUCCCAUGGUACUCACCCCCAUGCAGAGCCACGUAUGGAGUGGAAGGUAAAGGUAAGAAGUGAUGGUACACGGUAUGUGGCCAAGCGCCCAGUGAGAGAUCGUCUACUGAAAGCCAGAGCCAUGAAAAUCAAAGAGGAACGCAGUGGAAUGACCACGGACGAUGACGCUGUGAGCGAGAUGAAGAUGGGUCGUUACUGGAGCAAAGAGGACAGAAAGAGGCAUCUAAUGCGAGCUCGGGAGCAGAGAAAGAGAAGGGAAUUCAUGAUGCAAAGCAGGUUGGACUGCCUGCGGGAGCAACAACAGCAACAGCAAGGGGUAGAGGGAAAAGGGGAGAUGAGCAUCAUUGCCCUCAGCCACCGCAAGACCAUGAAAAAGCGCAACAAAAAGAUUCUAGAUAAUUGGAUAACUAUCCAAGAGAUGCUGGCUCAUGGAACACGAUCAGCUGAUGGCAAGCGAGUUUAUAAUCCACUGCUCUCUGUCACCACUGUCUGAGCGGUAGCGAGGAUGUUUCAUACUCUCUUUGCCAAAUGAAACUCUUCUCUGACCUUCAUGUGCUCAUCUUAUUUACAGUCACUGCCUUAUCUCUAUUAUAUCAUCUUGAGUUGUCUUUGACUUUUAAUAUUUCUGUCUAUCAUUGGGUCAUAUUUCCAUAAUCUCCCCUCUUGGUUCCUUUGUUCUCUGUUUUUGGGAGGGAAAUGGGUGGGGGACAGGAGGUGGGGGUUGUUUGUUUGUACUUUCUGUUAAAUUUCAUUUUGUUUUGUUCUUUGUCUUCCCCAUCCCGUUCAGUCAGAGGAACCUGGGAAUGGGUAUUUUAAUACAGGGUGAAUUCAAAUAGCAGCCAUUACUUGUAGAUUUCAAUCUUGAAAGAAAACCGCAUAUUUCAAAUGUUUUGUUUAGUGACUGGACCAGGUGUCAAUCAAACAAAGCAACAAGCUGUAGAAGACAACAUUGGAUUUUAAAAUGUAGAAUGUCUCCUACAUGGAGAGAACUUGGAGCACAAUUAAGUCAAACGGAUAACAAGCUAAAACUUUUCCAUGACCCAACAAUAUCGAAAGAUAUAUCACUACCAUGGAUUGCCCCACAGCUUGUUUAUAAAGGGGUGCUAGGAUCUGUUCGCAACUAGCCAAUACUUAAGUUGAGAAUCUGGGAACUACGAUAAUGCCAAUCAUAUUUUGAAAACUGAACACUGCCAUCUGGUGGUGAAUGAGCACAUAGACAGCUAUAAUAAUGUUGGUCUGGUAUGAUUUUUCUGAUGGACCAUAGCACAAAGUUGAUGGCGGUAGGAAAUUAUAAUUAUAGGACUUGCAGUUUGCCUUCCAGAUAUCACUGCACAUGUAGACGCUCUGUGCAGAAUCAUGUAUUAGAAAACUCAACCUGUCUGUUGUUGUUUAGAAUGUGAUAGUGACCUUUGUUUGAUCCUAUUUAUUGUUACAUUCCCACUAUUUUGUUUGUCUUGGAGUGGAUGUGAUAGACUGAGGAAAUGAUGAGAAGACACAUGCUAGGUACGAGGUUUCAUAUGCUCAAUGCGCUCUUGAUGGACGGGCAAGAAUAGAUCAUGUACUCUCUCUGUCCUCGUCGUAUUCCUGAUUGUUUUCCGAGCAACCUGGUGGAUUAUGAAGAGUAAACACUCAAACAUUUUCAGCAUUUUCCUCUGAAUGUCAAUGCUUUCAGCCUGUGUUUUUCAGGUCAAUAGUUCUAGAUAGGACAUGAAAGCUCCGGGGAUUUGUUCAAUGUGGCUGAAAAGCUUUAAGGAUGCAUUGAUUAAAGGAACCCUUGGUAUACAGUGAAGUGAAAAAGCAACAUUACAAACUAUUAAAAGAACAUAGCUCUAGAAAAAAAUAAAAUAUUGACGGUAUUACCAAAAUUUAAAAUGUGUACUAAAAAUGCACAAACAUUACAGGGUCUUGCAGUGUUCCUACAUACAUCACAUACACAUUUUACUGUGUAGUCUUUUGUAGUGGUUCUCAAUCCCCGAGUCUGAACCCCUAAAUGAGUCUCCCAUAUCAUCUCGGUGCUCUCUUGGUAAUGUUAGAUUCUUAAGGUCCCAGGCAUCUGCCCACAAUAAGUUAUUUACUGUAGUAACACUGCUUUCUCUAGAGCAGCAGAGAGCCCUUGAUUACAACAAAUUAUGAAAUUAAAGGAACACUAAAAGCAAGAUGGCCACUUUGAUUGAAGUGAUUAUGGUGUCUGUAGUCCGUAAGCACUGGGUCCUGAAUCACUAGUAAAUGGUUUUCUCACUGUUUAGUAAAGAUUCUCAGCCCUUGGUGGGCAGCCUGAAGCCCAGCCUCCAGUGACAAUAUGGCAUAGGUGGAGCUACGCUCCACUUCCAGAGCUGGCGGGCAGUGAUUGACUGAAAGCUUUAGUCAAUCACUGCCCCAAUACCGGGUAUGGUGUGAGGCUGACUAUAACUGCGCCUCUGCCACAUAAUCAUUUGAGACUGUUCUUCAAUCCUCCAGGGCCUAAUAUACUUUACUAAACAGCGAGCAAACUAUUUAGAAGUGACUCGGCUCCCAGCACCUGCAGACACCAAGCCAAUGUCAAAUACAUAAUCUGAGUCCAUGACAAAACUGGUUGAAAGCCAUUGACUUAUUAUAUGGACAUGCAAGAGUAUUCCAUAAACAUAGCAUUUUAGAAUUACAUUCAGAAUGAAGUGAAUGUGACCGAUACAUUCACCUACUGUUGCAGGAAAGUAGAAAGAAGCCCUAGCUUGCCAUAUAGACAUUUAUACCCAAUACCGGUUAUGAGCACUGUAUACAUGCAAUAAAAUAUAAAGAAAAUACAAUACAUGCAUUAUAUCAUACAAAAUCCAAACACAGACAGAGACAGCACUGAAAAACCAACUGGCCCAUCUACUGAGCCCAUUUUAAAAUGUUUUAUUUAUUUAUUCAGUCUCUUUAUGCCACAAGUGUUCUUGAAUGAUUUUACUGUGUUAGUCUUUACCACUAGUCAGCUAUUCUAGGUAUCGACUCUCUUUCUACAAAGUUGCAAUUUCUCCCAUUACCCAACAUUCAUUUGUCUCCCAACUUCAGACUCUGCUCCAGGGCUAGUCUUUAUCUUUUUUUUUUAUAUAAAUUCUUCCUUCUUGAACUUUAUUUAAUGCCUUAAAGUAUUUUCCAAUAUCUAUCCUGUCUCCUUUCUCACUUCGCCUCUGCAAAGUUUACAUAUUAAGGUGUUGCAGCCUGUUCUGCUCUCUAACAUAGCACAAUCAUGCCACAGUUUAAAUUCCCUCUAAAUUGCAGUUUUUUCAAGUCCAGACCCCCGGAUCUACAUCUACAGUUUUGUCGGUGAUUAAUCCAGUGCCAUUUGUACUUUUUUUCUGUCGUAUCCCAUAGAAAUUGUGGUGUCAUUCAUUAGGGCUUGAAAAAAAUUGAGCAAUUGGAAAACUAUUACAAUACAAAGUUUAGGAAUUUGGACAUUUAUCAAGUAACAAACUGAUUCAGAACUGUCUCCAAAUUUGGACAUUUGGGGUAAUUCUUGGUUUUGCGUUGCUGGAUUUUUAAAUGCUAAAUUAUAUAAUAAUGUUUCACUGUAUGCCAGCAAAGUAUUUAAAUUCAAUCAGGUCAAAUUAAAAAUGAAUACAAACUUUGAGCACUGGCUGUAGAUUCCUGUGGACACAGCCUUUAUGAUGAAUCGAAUACAUAAAAUCAAUAGUGGGAAGAGCUAGUGGGCGUUUCCAUUGAGGAACUUCUGGUUCUCCAGCGUUGGUAGUGGACGCAGGGAAAAAUGGUUUGACUCCUUACAAUGUGUGGGUUACCAGGGUACUCCUGGCACCAUAACUGGUACAGCGAGCUUUAAUUAAGGCAUUUAGGGCAUCUUAACCACAGUUCAUCUGUGGCAAUGGUUAGCAACACAAGGCACACCAACUGCCCAAGAUUUAGAUAUUUCUCAGUUUUGUUCCAUUGAGAAUACUGACAAAACCUGGUCCGAUGGUGUGAGUGGAUUGAGAACCACUGGUCUAUAGCAUCAAGAGCCCUCGGACCAGCUCUACACAAAAUAGAACAAGCUCAUAGUCUCCUAUUCCUCUAUCUCCUUUUGAAUGAAGUCAUAACUUUGAUUGUACUCCAUUAGCACUUCCCUACUGUUUAGCUAACAUUCCAUCAACUCAUUCUUUCUGAGUUCCAUCCUAUCAUAUACAGAUAAUUAUUUUGUUACUGUGGAACGGUGUCUGGAAGUAGCAGCUGGUAGAUACUUCUUCCAAGGAACAAAUUCUUUACCAUUUGCUCAUCCUCUAUUAUUACCAACUUAAAUACAUUUACAUUCAGUUCUAUUCAGUUCAGUUCUUCAAUUCAGUAUGUCCAUGGCAUCUGUUGGCUGAGUUCUAUGAUAAACUAACGUACCCAUCACAGGUUUGCAUGCACUCACUAUGUCACUAAUAGGGAGCAAACCUGACUAGUGCAUUAUGGGACCUUUUAACAUAAACUCCAUUGGCCAACGUAGACACUGAAAACACCCAUCAGGCAAACAAAAACAUUCUCACAUUGAACGAUAGGGAAAUAAAAAUAAAGGGAUUCAUUACUAGUUCCGAUGCAGUAAGAACUGCUCUCAGAGGGAACAUUUCUACAAUAUAUUAGUUUUAUUUACUUUUUGUGAAUAUGAAAAAUGAUCAAAACAGAAUUACAUGACACAUAUUGGGUUUUAGUAAAAAUAAUAUCACAUUGAAAGCCAUACCAGAAAGGUAAAUAAACAGUGCCCUUUUCAUUUCCAUAAUAACAGUAAAGCUUUGAAAAUUGUAUUAGGAGAAUGCUGGUUGGUCCCUUCUUCACUUAUCAGUAUUUCUGCAGACAUUGGUACUAAUAGCUAAUUUUUUCCCAGGUCAGGAGAUUAUAACUGUAGCUGUUCCUGAACUACAACUUUCAUCGCACCCAGGCGGCUCCAGGAUUGCAGUGGUUAUUAGGUUAUUCAAUUUCAAUGCAUAUUUGGUAGGCUUAACAUACUUUGAUACUUGAGAGUGCUGUCUGGUGUCUGGCAGUGU